ACUGGACUUCCUGUAUGUGACGACAUCAGCUUACACUCCGGAAUCUGUAGAACAGCAGUAGAAGGACCAAAUCACAAGUAUGGCAGGGAACGCGUGGAGGUCAAUGGUGUCCCAAGUCAUUGGGGCUCUAAAGAGACCGGUAUUAGGUUCGAAACCUUUUUCGAGGGGGAUCCAAACGGUUACACUCAUUCCUGGAGAUGGGAUUGGUCCAGAAAUCUCAUCAGCCGUCAUGAAGAUCUUUGAGGCGGCUAAAGCUCCUAUUGGGUGGGAGGAAAGGAAUGUAACCGCCAUCAAAGGACCUGGAGGCAAGUGGAUGAUUCCCCUUGAUGCAAAGGAAUCUAUGGACAAGAGCAAGAUCGGUUUAAAAGGGCCCUUGAAGACCCCCAUUGCUGCAGGGCACCCCUCCAUGAACCUGCUGCUGAGAAAGACCUUUGACCUGUACGCCAACGUGCGUCCGUGUGUUUCUAUUGAGGGAUACAAGACCCCCUACACCGAUGUCGACCUGGUCACCAUCCGUGAGAACACUGAGGGAGAGUACAGUGGGAUUGAGCAUGUGAUUGUGGACGGAGUGGUGCAGAGUAUCAAACUGAUCACUGAAGAUGCUAGCCGGCGUAUAGCUGAGUAUGCCUUUGAAUACGCCAGGAACAAUCAAAGAAGCAGCGUCACUGCAGUACACAAAGCCAACAUCAUGCGCAUGUCCGAUGGCCUUUUCCUGCGAAAAUGUCGGGAGGUGGCAGAGAAUUUUAAAGACAUAAAAUUCACAGAGAUGUACCUUGACACAGUGUGUCUUAAUAUGGUACAAGAUCCUACUCAGUUUGAUGUGCUUGUGAUGCCCAACUUGUAUGGUGACAUUUUGAGUGAUCUGUGUGCUGGACUUAUUGGAGGUCUGGGAGUUACUCCUAGCGGCAACAUUGGAGCCAAUGGGGUCGCCAUUUUUGAAUCGGUUCACGGGACAGCUCCCGACAUAGCAGGACUGGACAUGGCCAAUCCCACUGCUCUGCUACUGAGCGCUGUGAUGAUGCUACGCCACAUGGGUCUCCAUGGAUAUGGCAAGAAGAUUGAGGCAGCUUGUUUCGACACCAUUCGUGACAAGAAGGUACUAACUAAAGACCUAGGUGGAAACUCCAAGUGCUCCGAGUUUACAGCUGAGAUCUGCCGUAGAGUGCAAGAUAUGGACUGAAACUGCUGCUAAUUCACAGUUUAAUACAUGACAGUACAUGGGUGAAAAGUUGUUACAACUUGUGGAUACAAACUCAUCAAGAACUUUCACUAAUGAAAAUCAUUCUUAAAAUAUAUGUACGCACAACUUGACUCACGUAUUCCAAAAUAGUGGGGGACAUUUCAGACGCAUAACUUGUAUUUGGUUAAAUAUAAUAGCAGUCCUCUGCAUGUGUUGUCUGACAAUUCUGGUAGAUAUUUGACAUUUUUUAAUGGUAAAUGUUACUGCUUAGACAUCCACUAUUUAUUAUUUCUACUUACUUUCUCUGGAUUUUAUGUACGAAAUGUAUCAAUGUAUCAAAGCAGCUGAUUUCAGUUCUAGAGUUCCAUAUAUAAAGAUAACUUGAAAGACUAAAAA